AGUAUUUAUAUGAUAAGAUAAGACAUUGGCUGAGUAGUUGAAAAGGAGUGAAAAGACGAUGGAGAAAGCUUUGAGAGCGUACGCAGAGGUUCUGAGGCUGGUGAGGCUCUUGCCAAAGGACACCAGGGCUUACUACGCCAAGUAUGUCCGCGAGAACUUUGUCAAUUACCGUGAAAUCGAUCCUUCUGAAGUCUCUCACCUCUUUCAACGCACCUACGAUCACUCUCUCUGGGUUCUUCACAAGUAUUCCAUUGAUAAAUCUGUUGCGGAUAAGCUGAAAGGGUUAUGCUGCAGUUGAUGUUUCCAUGCAAUGCCACCCAAGUGUUUGUUUUUAUUUCUCACUCAAAGUCCCAUGGGCAACACGCGCUAUUACCUUUCUGCCCUCUAAAAUAAUCACGAUUUACAGUUGAGUUUUGUUUUCCUUUCAAACAUGAAUUCUCUAAACGCAAGAAUCUUAUGAGUUUUACGCGUUUAAUUUUUAUUCA